AUGGGGCAGGCGGGCUGCAAGGGGCUCUGCCUGUCGCUGUUCGACUACAAGACCGAGAAGUAUGUCAUCGCCAAGAACAAGAAGGUGGGCCUGCUGUACCGCUUGCUGCAGGCCUCCAUCCUGGCGUACCUGGUCGUCAUUAACUGGAAGGAUGGGCCCUCUGCCGGGGUACUGGGCAGUAAUGCCACCAAAAUCGGGACGCUGCCACCUGUCAUGAGCCCACAGUCCCGAGUGAGAGGCCGUACUGAUAUAUCGCGCUCCAGCGACUCACCAAACCCCACUGCCCCAGAUCCGGAAGAAGGCGGGGGAGAGAACGUCUUUUUUGUGGUCACCAACCUGAUUGUGACCCCCAACCAGCGGCAGAACGUCUGUGCUGAGAAUGAAGGCAUUCCUGACGGCACCUGCUCCAAGGACAGUGACUGCCACCCUGGGGAGGCGGUUGCAGCUGGAAAUGGAGUGAAGACUGGCCGCUGCCUGCUGAAAGAGAACUCGGCCAGAGGCACCUGUGAGAUCUUUGCCUGGUGCCCGGUGGAGACAAGCCCCAGGCCGGUGGAGCCAGUCCUGAAGGAGGCCGAAGACUUCACCAUUUUCAUAAAGAACCACAUCCGUUUCCCCAAAUUCAACUUCUCCAAGAGCAAUGUGAUGGACAUCAAGGACAGAUCUUUCCUGAAAUCCUGCCACUUUGGCCCCAAGAACCACUACUGCCCCAUCUUCCGACUGGGCUCCGUGAUCCGCUGGGCUGGGAGCGACUUCCAGGAUAUAGCCCUGGAGGGUGGUGUGAUAGGAAUUAAUAUCGAAUGGAACUGUGAUCUCGACAAGGCUGCCUCUGAGUGCCACCCUCACUAUUCUUUUAGCCGUCUGGACAAUAAGCUUUCAAACUCUGCCUCCUCCGGGUACAACUUCAGAUUUGCCAGAUAUUACCGAGACGCGGCCGGGGUGGAGUUCCGCACCCUGAUGAAAGCCUACGGGAUCCGCUUCGACGUGAUGGUGAACGGCAAGGGGGCUUUCUUCUGUGACCUGGUACUCAUCUACCUCAUCAAAAAGAGAGAGUUUUACCGCGACAGGAAAUACGAGGAAGUAAGGUCUGGCCAUUUGCAGAAUGCACAGGCGAAUUUGGAGCAGCUGCAGACAAUGGAGACGUAGCCAGGGCUGUUGGCUACCAGCAGUGUCGCUGAAGACGUCGGGGCCGGAACCACCCGCAGCUCUGAACUGGGAAGAGGAGUCUGUGCCUGCAUGAGACAGGGGCUUCCAGGCGCAGCCAUCUCUCCUGCACUUUGGGAUCUUGCUGCAAGCUUUUCGUUGAGUGAGGAGGGGAGCCGUCCGAUGGUCAGAGGGGUUCAGACCUAGAAGAGGAGUCCCUGGAGGCCAGGGAAAGGGGCAGGCCAGGGCCCUGAGUGGAAGUGGAAUGUUUGGAUUGUCCCUGAACCUGGCUGCACCUUCACUCAUUCAUAUGUGCAGUAAACACGACUUGACGCAUGCUGUGUGCUGGGCCCGCCCAAGAGGUGCUUAAACGAGACACUGACCUGCCCUCAGGGAGAGGGGCACGCGUGUAAUUCCUCCAAAGCCAACAGAGACGUCACAGCCAGGCCCAGCCACUCCAGCUGGCCCUCCACUAGCCUCUAGCAGAGUUUCAGAAAUCCCUGCCGGGAACGGUGGUCGCUCGGAGAAAGCUCUUGGACAACACCCAAGAGGACAUUUGGGCUUUGCCCCAAGGAUAAAAUUUAAAGGUGGCCAUGGAGGCAACCAGGAAAGGACUGGAGCAGUCAGGAGGCAGCUGGCUCUUAGGGGGAGAAGCCAGCUCCGGGGCAGUCUAGGAGCACGUGAAUUGCCUCUGCUUAUGUUCAGGCCCCAUCCUAAACCCAGCCGUCCGGCACCGAGCGAUCCCAGGCCUUUGGGAAUGCCAUGAUGCUGUCCAACGGGAAAUUUGUACACUGGGUGCUAUCCAUGUCACAUCACGGGGACCAGCCAUGAAAGAGCAAAGUGACCUCCACGUCUGAUGCUGGGGUCAUCAGGGCAGACCCAUCAUGGCUGUCUUUUUGCCCCAUCCCCUGCCGUCAGUUCUUCCUGUCUCUGGGGCUGGCUUCCCGCACUAGGGAACGGGUUGUAAGUGGGGAACAUGACUUCCUUCCAGAGUCCUUGAGCACCUCAGCUAAGGACCACAGUGCCCCGUAGAGCUCCUAGAUUACCUCACUUGGAACGGCAUCGCGCAUGUCUGGAGAAGGGCUCCAUUUGGUUCCGCCCCACUCCCCUCUCCAAGUGCCGCAACUUCCCUCAGAGCAUCCUCUCCAGUGGAUCCAAGAACUCUCUCUCCUAAAGACACCACCUUCCUGCCAGCUGUUUGCCCUCAGGCCAGUACACAGAAUGAGCGGGGGAGAUGGCAGACGCUUUCUGGCACCUGCCCAAUACAUGCAUUCUCCGACACUCUUAUUUGGUCAUAAAACAAUAAAUGGUAUCAAUUUCAAA